AUGUUUAGAGUAGUCCCCCGUCGGCAGACCAAUAAGUUUAGAGCGACAGUUACCACCUACACACCUCCUACCAAUGACGAUUUCCUCCUGAAAGGCCUGGAAGGACCCCUUGAGACACUUUCUCCUGGCGCAGUACCCCAUCCUUCUCGUAGGGCGCAGCUACGCAAUGUCAAGGUGGUUGCAUCCUACUCAUGGGUCAAGGGGCCAAUACCUAGCAUCGCCGUUCCAGGUUAUCCCCGGAUUUGGAGGAAGACCACCGUUACGACUGUUCCUGCUGACUCCGGUGUCCAUUACGUCGAUCGUAACGCAUCGUUCAUGGGGCAUCGUUCGCCUCUCAUACCCAUAUUUGCUGCUGUCGACUCACUGCAUAACGACUUCCAGUACCGAGACCUAGAUCUUAUGACAGACAGGAAAAACUUGCGCAAAUUGUUACGUUGCAUCAACCAGCAACGCGGAAAGACCUUUCUCAUUGAUGUCGACUUGAUAGGGAAGACAUGUCUCCUUACACGUCGUGAAGAAACCUUAGUGGAGACUAUCGAAGAAUUCUGCGGAUACGGUCACGAGUAUGAACUCGCCGCAACUAAACCACAUCGUGGUUUCGAAGACGAGAUAAGUCAUCAUUCGCAUCAUCAACUAUUCGAUGCCUGUACGAAGCCGGAAAGCGAGGAUGAUUCUUUCCUCGCCUCCUUCCUCCGUACUAAGAAGCAUCGGGUCAAGAAGAGCAUCAACACUAUCUGA